UUGUCCCGGCAUCAUUGCCCGCAGCGAAUUGCGGAGGUUAAUAAAGUUUCAUAAAAUAUGAAGAAAUUUAUACGUUAAAAACAUAGAACUAUAAUAUCAAAUAUUACUGAAUUAUAUAUAAUAUUCAUUAACAACUUUAUUAAACGAAUUGCCGGCAAGAAGUGAUAAAAAUGUAUGCACGAAUCGGUACUUAUGGCUGGAAUGGAUUGCAAAGAAAACUUAAUUUAUCUAGUCCAAAAAGAUACAGCAAUGGGAUCUUGAAAAAGAAGGAGAAUUACUCGAAAAGUUUGCAGCCCGGUAAAGUGUAUCAUGGAUUUAUGUGUACAGAUGUUGAACCAAUCAAAGAAUAUAAUAUGACUGCUUAUUUUUUAACCCAUGAGAAAACUAAGACUGAAUACUUGCAUUUGGAAAGAGAUGAUGCUAACAAUGUUUUCUCUGUUGGCUUCCGAACCACACCCAAAGACUCAAUGGGCACACCUCAUAUAUUAGAACAUACAGUGUUAUGCGGCUCAGAGAAAUACCCGGUGCGGGAUCCUUUUUUCAAAAUGCUCAAUAGAUCUCUUGCUACAUUUAUGAAUGCAUUAACUGGCCCAGAUUACACAUUCUAUCCAUUCUCCUCUCAAAACGAAAUAGAUUAUAGAAAUCUACAAAAGGUGUACUUAGAUGCUGUGUUUAAGCCUAAUUUAGAAAGACUAGAUUUCCUACAAGAAGGCUGGAGGCUUGAACAUGAGAAAUUAGAGGAUAAGUCAUCUGAAUUAGUGUUUAAAGGUGUUGUUUAUAAUGAAAUGAAGGGGGCAUUCUCUGAAACAAGCUCGCUGUUUGGCCAAAGGUUCAUAAACACAAUCCUACCUCAAGGCACAUAUGGUUAUGUGUCUGGCGGAGACCCAUUGUGCAUACCUGAACUGACACAUGAACAUUUAAAAAAUUUCCACGCCACAUUCUACCACCCAAGUAACGCUAGGAUUUACUCCUACGGCAACUUCCCACUGGAGCAUAACUUGAAAUUUGUAAACGAUACAUACCUUUGCAAGUAUUCCUAUUUAGACCCUAAAAAUACAGUUGUUCUGCCUCAAGAAAGAUGGAAUGCUUUGAAAAGGGCUUCCACACCAUGCAGAGUAGAUCAAUAUGGUGGGCCAAUUGAGAAACAAAAUCAAAUAGCCAUAGGUUAUGUUAUGUCAGACAUCACAAAUGUGUACGAAACAUUCAUGAUGACUGCUCUGGCUGAACUAAUGAUUAUUGGCCCCAAUUCUGCCUUCUAUAAGAGCUUGAUUGAGAAGAAUAUAUCUGGUGGCUAUAAUUCUUUGACCGGUUACGAUAAUCAAAUACGAGACACAUUGUUUGUCGUAGGCUUAAAAGACGUGGAGAAAUCGAAUUUUGAUGUGAUUGAAAAACUCGCUAAUCAAACGAUAGAAGAGAUUCACAAGAAAGGCUUUGAGAAAAAUCAUAUUGAAAGUGUUUUACAUGGUUUCGAGUUAUCAAUCAAGCAUCAAACCCCCAGAUUUGGGCUCAAUGUACUUUUCAAUUUGAUGCCAUUAUGGAAUCACAAUGGCCCAAUGCUUAAAGCAUUAAAAGUUAACGAAUUAUUGGAUAAUUUAAAGGCGAAUUUGAUGAAUCCACAGUAUGUCAAAGAUAUCAUUGAAAAGUACUUCAUUGCAAAUAAUCACAAACUGAUAAUGACAAUGGAACCAGAUCCUAAGUUUGACGAUAUUUUUAACGAGGCUGAAGCAAAAUUACUUAAAUCGAAAGUUAAAGAACUCACACCAGAGAAGAGAGCAGAAAUAUACAAAGAUGGAUUAGAACUGUCACAAGCACAAAAGAAAGUACAGAAUUUGGAUGUGUUACCGUGUUUAAAAAUCAAUGAAAUAGCUCUUAGCAAGACGGCUCCGACCUUAAAGCAUACAGUUUGUGGCACUAUUCCAUUGCAAUUAUGCGAAGCGAAUACGAACGGUGUGACGUAUUUAAAAGGUGUCCUCGGAACGGAAUCGUUGAACGAAAAGCAGAAACCACUGCUACCAUUCUUCACUUAUGUUCUUGGCAAAUUUGAUACGAAAUCGUACAAUUAUCGUGAUUUCGAUAAAUACGUUAGCAAAACUACUUCAGGCUUGAGCUUCGUCACACACGUAACCGAACAUAUCGACUUACAAGAACAAUAUGAACAAGGAAUGUUGAUUAGCAGCCAUUGCCUUGAUGAGAAUGUGCCUAAAAUGUUGGAUAUAUGGACAGAAAUAUUGGACGGGCCGAGAUUUGAUAACAAGGAACGCAUGUCCAUGCUACUGAAUAACUACUGUUCUUCCUUGACAAAUGGCAUUAUUGACAGCGGUCACACAUACGCAAUGCAAGCGGCGCGCUCGCUAAUAUCGUCUGCGGAUGAGUGCAAGGAAAGUCUUCAAGGUAUCAAGCAUAUUAUGGACAUGCAAGAAAUUCAAAAGACACAUAAAAUAGAAGAUGUACAAUCUAUUGUUCAAGAAAUCAGUAAAGAAGUACUGAGAGGCAGUAAUUUGAGAGGCGCCUUCCAUUAUUCCAAUGUAAACGACAGCUUACAUGAAGAAAUCGACAGAUUUUGCGUAAAUUUGUGUAGAAACGAAGACUGUAAGGAUGUGAAUAGAAUCAAUUUCACAGAUUCGAAAACGCAGCCUAAAGAAAGUCGCGGUUUGCACAUCUCUAUGAAUAUUCCAGUGAAUUACUGCGCCAAAGUUAUCCCAACGGUUCGAUACACGCAUCCAGAUUAUCCUAAAUUAAGGGUAUUUUCACGAUUUAUAACAUCUAAGUACCUACAUCCCGUUGUAAGGGAACAGAACGGAGCAUACGGCGGUGGUGCUAUGUUAACCAUGGAUGGUGUUUUCAACUUCUACUCAUAUAGAGAUCCGAAUUCGCGUCUUACGAUGGAUGUCUACGAUCAAACAUCGGACUGGAUGGACGCAAACACGGGCUUGGUUGAUGACCAGAAUCUCUUUGAAGCGAAGCUAUCUAUUCUCCAACAAAUGGAUGCACCAGUCGCGGAGUACAUGAAGGGUGUGGAACUGUUCCUAUACGGACUCUCUUACGAUAUUUGGAAAACGCAACGGGAACGAGUUUUAGCUGUCACUAAAGAGGAUUUAUUAGAAGUCUGUCAAAAGUAUUUGACAGUUGACAAAUGGGCGGGAAAGUGUGUUAUCGGUGAAGGCGCUUCCCAACAGUUAUAUAAGGAUACAGAGUCUUGGGAAAAACUUUGCGGCCCUCAAGAAUAAACAGCUUCUGCAAUGGAAAUAAGACCCAUCUAGAAUAUUAAGCUUAUAGCUUAUGUAGGGGUCAUGCAACGAGACCUGAGAAAGUUAGGUCAAUGAAGAAAAUGGGCCUUUACUGUGCGAUUAAUAGGCGCUAUUUUUACAUGCAUUCGUAAUUCAGAUUGUCGACCGAUGAAGUGGAAAUUGUCCUCUCUGUUUGUUAUUACAUUAUAUUUAUGUCCAAGUUAGAAAUAUAUAAUAUAGUUUAA